CAGAACCUAGAACAUCAUAUAGAGGUCCUUCAACUGAUGGACACAAUGAUCUUCCAGUGGGCUCUCGUUUUUUCAGGUCUGCUUACAUCAUUUGCCCAGAUUAGCGCCCCUAUUGGUGGAUCCGGAUACCUCUAUGCAACGGGGAUAAGCAUCACUCCACAGCAUCAGAAAUCCUGGACUAUAGACGGUGUUCCUACUAUAAUCGCAGAUCUUUUGCCUGGUGGAAAUCCAGUAUACCUCGGUCGCUGCGCUGGAAACGAAUGCGAACUGUAUGAAAAUGGGACGCUCAGAAUCGAUCAGCUGAUCAGCUCAGAUAAUACAUCUUACACACUUACUAUCAGGCUUGGCGGCGUAACGUCGUCCGAACAGGUCCGGCUUAAUGUAUAUGACCCGCUAACCCCUCCAACUAUCCAUGCUUCUUCCUCGAUCCGCCCGGUGAAUGGUACCACCCUGAGUCUAACAUGCAAUGCAGGAUCUCAGGUGGUGCACAAGAUCUACUUCUAUCAAAAUGAACACGUCGUUAAUUGUAACCUCCCCCACCUGUCCUGCAAUGACUCCAUCUUGACUUUCAAUCCGAUCCUGGACAUAGACACUGGAUACUACACCUGCGUCAUCCAGAAUCCAGUGAGCCAGAACAGUAGCACAUCUUUGUUCCUAAAUGUCGCAGUGAAUGUUUCUGAAGUGACUAUUAGCAAUAACGCCACACGUCCCAUCACCGUGGACAAGGAUUCCGUGGCCCUCAAGUGUUCAUCGUAUGGAACAGAUGUAAGCUACAAAUGGACAUUCUUGGGGUCACCACUGCCACAGAACCCCCGAUAUCACCUUACGGACAAUCAUUCCACCCUCAUCAUCAGUCCCGUGACAAGGAACGAACAGGGGCCUUUCGUUUGUGAGGUCGGCAACUACCUGAAUAACGGCACCAGCGAUCCAUACAACCUGACGUGGCUGCCAAACGGGCAGAUUACAUGUGAUGCCCAGCGGUCAGGCCAAAGCAUCCAACUUUUUUGCUCCUGGCCUGGAGGCUACCCACCUGCUCAGGUUCACAUGAUGUACCAAAGUGUAAACUUAACAAAGUUGGAUGAAGUUAUGACUGAGAUACCAUUUGGCCAAUUCCCCCUCGGAACUCCGCUGUCUUGCAGUGGAACACAUCAGGGAUCUAAUGAAACCUGCUCAGUGCUUAUCGACACUCCCCAAUACCCAGGGUUCAAUGACAGCACAAGGUUCGUAAGGAAGGGCAACAGCGUCUUCUUCCCAGUUACCCUAAGCAGUGCAAAGUCUGCCCAGAUCUUCCCGUCCAAAUUUUCCUGGUUUCAGAUGGAACCAACCCAAACAGAGCUGUCCACCGGAGAAGAUUUCUCAAUUGUAUCAAACGAUUAUUCAUCUAUUCUGAUUGUGCACGCGAUAAGCGAAGAACUGGCUGGGAGUUAUAUGUGCGAAGCUGAGAAUGCAAUCGGAACCAACUCCUUUAGAUUUAAUGUAGAGGUAGAACUUGAAGAAGUGAUUACAGAUGAAGACAUACUCUCCACUGGAGCUAUAGCUGGCAUAGUGAUUGGCUCUCUUGCUGUUUUGGCGUUGAUCGCACUUACUGUUGUACUUAUUAUCCGCAAGAAAGACACCACACCAAAGACUAAGUCUGUUACUACACAUGUACAUCAUACAAAUAAUGCAUAUGUUCCUGAACCUAGUCAGGUUAUACAACAGUCUCGGGGUGAAGUGGGACUCCCAGACAUGUGGACCUACUACAGAGCAGUACACUUUACCAAGAUAGUGGACUGGCACUGCCAUGGGGCCGAGAAACAGUGGGUUGCCAUGGAACUUGAGAACUCCAAAGACACAGCAAAGAGCUGGCCAUCUGUGACUCCCCACUGA